GCGACCAUUCGGCUUCUCCCCAAUCCCGGCACGGCGGCACGGGACCUCUCCCUCUCUCUCCCGCUGGCGGGCGAUGGCCUCCUCCUCCUCCUCACCUGCGCCCGCCCUGGCCGGGGAGGCGCUACGCCAGAAACGCAUCCUCUCCAGCAAGCUCUACCUCGAGGUCCCGUCCUCCAAGGCGCCGGUGGUUUACUCGCCGGCAUACGACAUCUCCUUCCUCGGCCUUGAGAAGCUGCACCCGUUUGAAUCCGCCAAAUGGGGCCGCAUCUGUAGGUACCUCACCAGGGAAGGGUACCUCGACAAGAAACAGAUGGUGGAGCCAUUGGAAGCCUGCAAGGAGGAUUUGCUAGUGGUGCACACGGAGGCGUAUUUGAACAGUCUCAAAUGCAGCUUCAGAGUUUCCUCCAUUGUAGAGGUCCCUCCUGUGUCGCUUGUCCCUAAUUGGAUUGUGCACAGAAAGCUACUACACCCCUUCCGGAAGCAGGUGGGUGGGUCCAUUUUAUCAGCCAAACUUGCAUUUGAGAGAGGUUGGGCUAUUAAUGUUGGUGGAGGAUUUCACCAUUGUUCAGCAGAUGAAGGGGGUGGAUUUUGUGCAUACGCUGACAUCUCUCUCUGCAUCCAGUUUGCUUUUGUCCGUCUAAAUAUCUCAAGUGUAUUGAUCAUAGACCUGGAUGCCCACCAAGGAAAUGGACACGAAAAAGAUUUUGCUAAUGAUGGAAGGGUUUACAUUUUAGACAUGUACAAUGCUGGAAUUUAUCCCUUUGAUUUCACUGCUAAGCAAUACAUUGAUCAAAAAGUUGAAUUAGUUAGUGGGUCAAAAACAGAUGAAUACUUGGAGCAACUUGACAAAGCUCUCGAGAUCUGCAAUAGUAGAUUUGAGCCCCAGUUGAUUGUAUACAAUGCUGGAACAGACAUCCUCGAUGGCGAUCCGUUGGGCAGAUUGAAGGUAAGUCCUGAGGGUGUGGUUACCAGAGACGAGAAGGUAUUUAGGUUCGCAAAAGAUCGAAACAUUCCUUUGCUCAUGCUGACAUCAGGAGGCUACAUGAAGUCAAGUGCUCGAGUAAUAGCUGAUUCGAUCAUCAAUCUGUCCAAUAAAAACUUGAUAGGAUUAGGCAGCCAGCUGGGUUGAGCAAGAACUUGUGACAGUAUGCUUCUUAUCGGGAAGCAAUAUCUCGUAAGAGCUUAUUCGAUUAGGAGUGGAUUAAAGAGGAUUAAAUUCCUUGAUGGUCAAAAUUGAAUAGAAAGAUAUCUAAUCCUACUCAAUCCACAUGCAAUCGAACAAGGUUUAAAGGUGUAGUUUUUUUUUUUUUGUGAAGGAUAACAUGUAUGCCACAAAAAUGUUCUGUACAUAACACGGGAUGUUUGUGAAUCUA